AUGUCCUCAUCAACACAACAUGGAUCGUUAAAAUGUCAUUUUCUCUCUCAUUUUCCGGGAAAAUUUUUCCUCCAAGAGCCACAUGGGUUGAUCCGUUUCCGAGCAUAUCGUUAUGGUGGUCACUUCACUUCAGUCUUUGCAAAAUUUGCAGACAUUGUGGGCUCUCCCAAGAGGAGCAGGUGGGGGUGGUGGUCCAAACCACACCUUUCCCCACUUGAAUUCCACGUUCCUCUCUCCUCAUCUCUCUCUCUUCACCUGGCCUAUGCAGAGAAGGAGAUCAUGGAACUUGGUUUGAGCUUAGGAGACUCUUCAAGGCCUUUGCUUGGAUUCAUGGAAAAGCCUCGAGAAGCCUCCAACCAACUGGGGUCAGGCUUCAACACCACGUUAUCAAUUGGUCCAGCCAUCACUAGACCGAAGGAUCAACAAGAUGAACAAGAAGAAUUUCAAGAAGAGACAAAGCCAAAGAACAACAGCAAUAACAUCAACACUCACGCAACAGAAGAUCCUUUCAAACCCAACAACAACAACAACCCAGUUCUGCAUCAACUUGAUCUUCUCCCUCAACUCUCUCUCCCUUGGCACCCUCCUUCAGAAAACGGGAGUUUAUCAUCUGAGUUGGGAGGUUCUUCGAGGGGCUUGGAUGUGAACGCGCAGCCGCUGGCGGCAGAGGACGAGGCGGAGGAAGGGGCGGCGCUGUCAUCAUCUCCGAACAGCGCAGGCUCAUCGUUUCAAAUGGAUCUCUGCAUAUACAACAACAGAGGAGGGAAUUUCUAUAAAAGGGACUAUGAGGGUGAAGCUUAUGAUCAAAGGGCCUCUUCAAGAGCCAGUGAUGAAGAUGAUAACAACGGUAGCGGCGGCAACGCCAGAAAGAAACUCCGACUCUCCAAGGAACAAUCUGCGUUCCUUGAAGAGAGUUUCAAAGAGCAUAACACUCUUAAUCCUAAACAAAAGCUUGCUCUUGCUAAACAACUCAAUCUUCGACCUCGCCAAGUAGAAGUGUGGUUCCAAAACCGAAGGGCAAGGACCAAGUUGAAGCAAACGGAAGUGGAUUGUGAGUACUUGAAGAGAUGUUGUGAGACACUAACGGAAGAGAAUAGGAGGCUUCACAAGGAGCUUCAAGAAUUGAGGGCUUUGAAGACUUCAAACCCAUUCUACAUGCAAUUACCAGCCACAACUUUGACCAUGUGCCCUUCUUGUGAGCGUGUGGCCACAAAUUCCACAUCCACUUCCUCCUCUCUCAGUGCUCCUAAUGCCACCAUCAAUGCAAAUUCAGGAACCAUGGCCAGUGUCAAAACCAGUGCUAAUAACAAUGACUCACCCUCCAAAGCCAUUGGAUUCCCCUUUGGUAAACCCAGGUUUCAUCCAUUUGUUCACGCUAGCCAGCAACCCCAUCAACACCAAUCCCCAGCAUCUUGA